AUAGAAUUUUGUCUUUCUAAUUCGUCUGCAAGUAAUUUUUUUUUGUGUUUAUAAUCCAAUACGAGGACGGGAAAUGUCUGCAAAUUUUGUUAAAUAAAACGUGUUUGUGCUAUAACAGAUCCGCCCGUCGUCGUCGGUUUCGGUUUUUCUCGCUCUUUUCGUCUGCGUCCGCGCUCGGUUUCCAAUUGAAAUUGUGGAGGCGGCCGCAAGGGGACGACGACUGCAGCGGGCAGUGCGCAAAGGAGGGACAGGGACGGAGACUAGGACAGUAGCUCCCGACCAAGUGCAUCCCCGCCCCGUGUGUGCCCGUCUUCCUAAUGCAAUUCUGGCGGAGCGAAGCGCGCUCAUAAAAAUCAAAAGUAUAUAUAGCAGAUGUACAUGUAUAUAUAAUAUUCGGAUACGUUUUCUCGAUUCGCUCGCCCCUGCAUAUGUAUUUGUGUAUUUAAAUCAGUAUCACAACAGCACGCACACAAGCGUACGAACGAACGGGCAUUUGUUGUGUGUAGCGCGCUGCGUUUUCUUUUUUUUUAUGUGUUUCGAUUGAGAGUUUUGGUCGUGCGUGUUUGUGUGUGCGAGCGAGAAAGUGUAACCAGAGGAGCUGCAGUGAACGGACAACAACAAUAAGGAGCAAGAACAACAGCAUCAUAUUUAGCAGCAUGCCUGCCAGUCGCUGCACUGGAGAAGCGCUGCCACAAAGUGGCGUUUAUGCCCGCUAAGAGGAGGAGCAGCAGCAGCUGCAGGAGCAAACCGGAGCAAUAGGAUCCAUUUGUCACAUCCAGGAGGCGACACAGAACUCCACAAAUCGGAACAAUGCCGCGCUUUCGCAACGAGGAGCCGGAGCAGUCGCAUUACGUGGAUGGCGACGUUGUUUGGGUGAAGAUUCACAACACAGAGAUCUGGUGGCCAGGCGAGGUGACCUCCUCGCAGGACUUUCGCUUCGUUAAUGCCAGUCGGCCGCCGUUUGCCGUUGUGGCAUUCUUCAACGAAAAAACCUUCGAGCAAGUCAAAUCAGCCAAACUGAUUUAUCCCUUUCAAUGCGCUCACAAGGAUGAGUUCAUUAGACUGGGCACCAGUAAGUAUAAAAAGUCCGAUGGACAUAACAUGGGCGACAAGUUUAAUGAGGAUGUGGCCAUCGCCGAGGCACGAUUCCUGGGGACAUCACACCAGGUAUCCAGCCUGCAUGCCUCAUCGUCGUCCUCCUCCCGACCAGACAGCCUUAUCAAGGCCCUCCUGUCGAGCAGCACCAGCAGCAGCCUGCGCAACAGCAGCACACGCAGCUCCAGCGGAGUUCCCUCGCCGGCAGCCAAUCGACAGCCGGAGCCCACGUUUCGCAUCAUGGACAUUGGGAGCAGCAAUGAGCCCAGACGCGAGCGACGCGUCGAUGGCAGCUACGAUUGCCACAUGUGCAAUUUCCGCACCACCAGCAUGGACGUACUGCUCAUCCACCGGCGCGGCCACAUGGAGUCCAGCAGCAGUUACAGCAGCAACAGCACCACCAACAGUUCCAGCAGCAUCAGAAAGCGGGCGACACGUCGGGCCAACACCACGAACGCGUUCGAUAUGCGUCAUCUUUCGGAGCGUCGGAGCCGCGACAGCACUCACUUCCUGCCCAACUCGGUGCGCUGCCAUUCGCGCCAUGUCUCCAUUGUGGUAGACGCCUCGCUGACGGACGAGGAGCAGCAGCGUGUGGCCAAUAUUGCCCAGCAGACGAUGAAGAGCAUUGAGCGAGUUGUUCAUCCCAGCAGCGCCAGUUCCUCUGCCUCAACCAAGAGCAAAAGUCGUCGCCGUAGCAUUCGUAAUAGCUCAUCCUCACAGCAUCAGCAGCAGCAGCAGCCAGUGCCGGUGCCGGUGCCGGUGACGCCUGUUGUCGAGACUCCGCGUCGCAGCACUCAGAAUCCGCGAGAUCCGCGCAGCCAGCGUUCCAACCAGCUGCGAGCCACAAUGCCCGCCCCUCAACCUCCGCCGCCGCCAGCUAAGCCGCGUCGUCUAACGCGCUCCAUGAGCCGCCUUCAGCAGGGCAUGACAACGCCGGAACUACCGCCACCGUUGGUGCUGGCAACGCCAAAGCGUAGUGCCGGCCGACGGCGGACUCUUGCUAUCACCGGUGCGGCUAGUGAGACGCCAAUGACUGUGCCCAGGCGAAGCAAUCCCAUGCGAAAGACCCUAACGGCAGUUCCCGAGACACCGGUGAGCACAGGUCGUCGCAAGCGCACGCUACCGAAGAACAGUGAGCCAAAGACGCCACCGAUAACACCAACACUGUCGCCUUCAUCGACACCGCCGCCCAUUGGAUUUACUCCAGCAACUGCCCCCGCACAUUUGGAUGCAGAGGAUGAUGAAGCGGCUGCCACGACAAUGCCUGAGGAGCCACCGGCCCCCAAGAAACCACGACCAGAAGUUACACCGACAUCGACAGUAAUUUACCCGCAGCAACAGCAACAGCAGCAGCAGCAGCAGCCGCAGCCGCAGCAAAACAACUUUGCUGGCUCCCUGGAACUACAGCGCAGUCUGAUGGCCGAGUGGUGCGACGACGAGAUGGACGAUGUUCUGGGGGAAGACGAGCCCGCCGAGCAUUCGACGCCGAAUGGCAGGAAGUCAGCAGCAAUGGAAGGUGAGCAGGAACCAAAGCAGCCGCAAGAUGUGAAGGACGAUGAACCGAUGCUGGCUGAGCGCACGCCGGCCAAGAAGCGCAUACGCAACAUACCAAAGAAGGAUCGACGCGACGUGGUGCGACAGGAGUUUGACGUGGAGCCAGACGAGCCCAUUGUCAUUCCGGACAGCGAUGCCAGCUCCAACGAGAGCGUGGUCUUUUUGGACGAUGAGCCGAGGCAGCGCCGCAAGAGGCAUGCAACUACGCAUCAUAGUUCCAAUGGAAGCGAAAAGAGCAAGUCCACAUCCACAUCCACGCCCAAGGCGGUCAACAACUCUUCUUGCUUUGACUUCGAGGAGGAGGACGAUCUACAGCAGCAGCAGCAGAACGAAGGCCAGAACGGACUGAGCUACCGGCGUCGUACGCAGACCAAUCGCUUGGACAUCAAUGGCAAGGGUAACUCGGAGGUGGAGUCGAUGGAUGCAGGACCAGAAGCAGAAGCCGGUGAAGCGGAUGAGAUACCCGCCGAGCCCCUGGCAACUGCCCCAGAUGAUCUCUUUAUGGGCUUUGAUGAAGUCCAGCAGAGCUUAGAUGAAGCUGAGAUUGCGCAACAAGAGGAGCAGUCAGAGCCCGUAAAUCCCCAGCCCGAGGAGCCCGAGACCGUAGCCGAAGAGCAGGCAGAGCCAGAGGCUGAAGAAGCCUUGCCCAAGCCGGAAACAGAAGCAGAGGCAGAAGCCGAGAUUGAGGGAGAGGUUGAGGGAGAACCCGGUGAUCACCUAAGCCUGCCCAUCAAGGAGCGGCAGAAGCGUAUCUUCAAGUCGCGCAACAAGUCAACAGUGGCAGCGCCGAAAGAAGAAGACCCAGUUGCAUUGGUGGCCGUUCAGGAGGAGAUCCAGCAGCCACCGGCCAACGGCAAUGGAUCUGCUGAACAGCCAGAGCUCUGCAAUGGCAAGGACGAGGCCUUGACUGAGAGUAACAGCAUUGCGAAUAGCAGCGAGAGCGGCCCAACCAAGAGAUGCGGCAAACGCCGCCACAAAACCAAGACUGAAUCAUGUAAACGGCGUCACCACCGAUGCUCGAAGGCCAAGGCAAAGCGCCAGCAGAACCGCUUGCCAACUCCAGUGCCCGUGCCCGAGGAGCUGAGCAACAACAGCAGCAGCACCACCACUAGCAGCAGCAGUAACAACAGCAACAACAGCAGCAACAGCACCAGCAGUAGCAACAGCAACAGCAACAGCAACAGCAGCAACAACAACAGCAACAGCAACAGCAACCACCUCAGCAACCGGCCCAGCUCAAGUCCAGGAGCACACGGCAGUGGCAUACUCUCGCCGGUGCUCAGCUCCAGCAACAGCUGCUCCAUUGCCUCAAACAUUGCUGUGAUCUCGCCAGAGGAGGCGCGCGAGCUGCAGCGCUCCGCGUCGGGUGCCGGUCUGAUUCAUGCGGCCAUUGUGGACGCCACGCAACCGGUGCAGCGCGGUGGUGUGCUCAUUCUGGAGGAUAUACGUCUGCCCAAUCUGUACGAGCCAUUUGGUAGUAUGUCCUCAUCGUCGGGCAGCAACGAUAGUCGACGUCCGGUCCAUGAGGGGGAGGUAGAAGAUGAUGAGCAUUCGCAGGACUCGAAGGCUUCAGAGGAACAGGCUGUGGUGGACAAGCUGGAUCGGAAUGACUAUGACGCGGAGGAGAAUCGUGAUGCCGAGUCCUUGCUCAAUGACAGCAGAAUGACCGACGAAGUCACCCAAUCACCGGAUGAGUCCAGUCUCGCCCAUGCGCCUGAGGUCAUGCAUUUCGUGUCGCAGCCGCGCGAGGUGCUGCUGAAGAAGCGGGAACAAGAGCUGCUGCGCCAGUACAAGGCCGAUCUCGUCAGUGGGCGGAGUGCUGAGAAGUGCCGCAAGGCACGCGAGCGCUGGUCCCGCACGAUGCGCUCCACCGAAGAGAAGGAGCCACCGGAUAAUGCGCUGCAGCAGGAAGCAGAUGUGGACGCAAUUUUAGAAGCUCCAUUGCAGGGCCACGAGGAGGUGGAGCAGGUGGAGGAUCAAUACGCUCAGGGGCAGUGUAACGAGGAGGAAAUACUUGAACACCAGCAGGCGGAAGCAACGAUAGGUGACGAGUCGCAGGAUUCCCUGGACGCUGACCUGGCCGCCAUAGAGCUUGUGCUGCCGUCCAAUCUCUAUAAUCGUGGAUCUCGUCGUGCCGUUAGUCAUCCCCAUGCCAACCUGGCCGCAGUCAGUGGCAGAAAGGCCUCCGGACACCUAGGCGGCGCCCAGGCGCUGUGCGAUGCGGAUGUGGCCAAAGCCCACCAGCAGUUGGUGGAUCUUCGGGAGCAACAGCGUCGUCGAUAUUCACCAACCGAGCCAACGGUUCCAGCCGCCCCUGCCACGCCGCCGGAGCCACGCAGACAGCGUAGGAGGUCGCGUAACCCUAGCAAUGAGAUGGUGGAGUGCACUUUCCGCUUCGACGUGGCCGAUGAGGCGUCGUGCGAGACCAAGGAGGUGCAGGAGAGCCUGACGCCGCAGUUGUGUGCCGGCCGCAUAUGCGCAGUGAUGACCCGACCAAUACCCGGCUAUAAUCACACCUUCAUGCUCUGCUCCCUGGCCAAUAAUAACUUUACGCCGCUGAACAAUGUGGCCCUGUACCUGGACAGCGAGAAGAAUCAUCUGGUGCCAGUUCCGCGGGAAGCCCUACUGGAGCCCCCUCGCCUUGCUGACGGCCAUCCGCUGUCGGCUGUAUUUGCGGACAUCGACAUCCUGGGCGAUGAGGCAGUGGCCCAGGCCAUGGAGCCGGUCGAGCAGGAGGCGGACACAGAGCCAGACCUACUUCAGGUUCAAAAUCACAGUCAAAAUCAAAACCAAAGCCAGGAUGAAGUCGAGCGUAUGUCCACGGUUCAAAUCCUGCUGAGCGAUUCGGAGAACGGCGAAGCCGGCGGUGGCGGCGAACGGGACGAAGAUGAGCCGGUGGAAACGCUUGGCAUAAUGACACCGCUUAGCCAGGUGGCCGAGGGCGGUGCCCUGGCUGGCAGCAGCUACGUCAACGAAGAUGGACAGCUUUCCCUGCACGACGACCAAGUGGAAUCAAAUGUCCUGCAGCUAAACGUCAACGGGCAUCGCCUGGAGCUGGACCCCUCGAUGCUCUUUAGCAUUGCCGAGCAGCCCGAUUCGUGCAUUGAGCUGAGUGUUGCCGAGACGAGUCCCACCACCGGUGUUUGCGGAGUGGGCAGCACCACAGCGGUACUGCAUGCACGCGAUAUCCUGCAGGCAGCCCAGGUCUAUCUACAGGAGCGGGAUCUGCAGCUGGUUAAUGUGGAGGACAUGACGCUGGACGGUGAGGAGGCCAUGGCUGUGCCCGUCACUGACCUGCUCUCGCAGGCCCUGGCCGGCAGCCAGGUGGUGGACGACGCUGAUUUUGUGGACGCUGCCAAUGCUGGCGUUGGCAUGCUCCAUAUUGAUACACGCACCGCUGGCGGCGUUGGCGUUGGAGUUGGCGUCGGUGGAGACAGCAGUAGCGGCGUCGUCGAGCCGGGCGUCAGUGUGGUGUACAUCUCGCAUGCUCUGCCGCCGCCGGCCGCCCAUCUCACGCCACCGAUAACGGCGCGCACCAACGAGACGAACGCCCUGCUCGAUCAGACGCCCAUCAUGUCGACGCUGGAGAACCCGAGCGGCGGCAUGCAGCUGCGUCGCGUCUCGCCGCUGGCCGAGGGCAAUCUGGAGGACAGCCUGGCCGUGAUCGGCGUGACGAACGGCAGCGGUGUGCCCACCUCACUGGAACUGCCCAUAACCGUUACCAAUCCGGCCAUUGCACCGCGCGUAACAGCUCCAACGCCCAUGGUGGACAUGGUGCAGUUUGCACCCUUCCAGUAAUUGAAGCAGCGGGGAGGACCAUUAAUGGUCAAACGUAUUUCAUUUCUUUUUUUUUUAGUCUCUUAGUCUUAUUGAGAAUGCAGCGAAUGCAUUUUAGAAUUAUGUUCUUUUCGUUUUUGGAGCGUUAGUUGAAUUGACCCGAAACGAUGACAGCCGAUGAUGACAUUGCGAUGCAAUACACAAGCCUGCGCACAGCAGGUGCUUACAUGUUAGUUCACUAGCUCCUAAGUUAGAGAUUCCUACACGCGCCCAGAGAUGCCCUACAUUGCAAAUGGAGGCGUCGGCGAGCAAACCACAGUAGCACUUACAUAUAUAAGCUUGUAAUUUACUAACAUACAAAACAACAAAGGAUCAGAGGCAGCGACCAGCUGCAUCAGAAACCAUUAAGGAUCAGAAACGAACAGAUUUAGAAUAGGCACCAAAGCAAACACUUAACACAAAGCGAAACACAAGAGCAAGGAGCAUACAGAGCUGGUGAAGAGGGACUUACACACACACACACACACACACACACGUUUGUAUUUAGGCUACUCUUUCUGCCUUUACAACAACCAUAAUAAUAAUGUUUUGCUGUGUAAAUUCCUGGUCACCUCUGUAUAUAGGAACCUAGGAACACUCUACUCUAAUGCGUAGUGUAAUGUACCAAGGCGUGUGUACGAGGUGAAGUCAGUGUCUAAGCUAAAUUAAAUGUAUGUGUAAGGGCAGCCCACGUUGGUGCGGAUCGAGAUGCUCGAGUUGGGCAUCGAUUUCAAUAAAGGCAACAGAAUGCUACAGAAAUAAUAACAAUAA